GCGUGGCGAAACUGGUUGGCAAGCCCAUGACAUUGUAAACUACUUGAUAUUGAAGUUGUACACGUGAUGCGUGGCGGCUUGUGGGCCCAGUAUGAACAGCCGCGAAUUUAUAUGUUCAGCCUUGUAGCUUGCUGCACGUAGGUAGCCGCAUCAACAUUCAACACCAGAUGAAUGCCGAAGCAAUUCGUUCCACAUAGGCGUGGGCCACACCGCAUUGCCUGCAUCGCUCUCUACCGAGCCCUUCUCUCGACAUGCCGUCAGAUUAAAGUACCAGCGAGCUUCAACAGAGGCCCCGUCCCCCCCAUAAAACACAUAAUCCGCCGCCAAUUCCGUCGCAAUGCCCACGUCACCAGCGGCCCCCUCGUAGUCGCAGCACUACGAGUCGGCUAUGAAGCCGAAGAACUCCUCCACACCGCCACCACCGGCUCCGGCGCCGCCCACUCCAAGAUCCUCAACCUGCUCCGCGGCGUGCAAGCCCAAGGCGACGCCGCGCGCCUCGAGAACGCCGAGAACCCGCCCCUCCCGCCCCCUCCUCCGAAGCGCAAACCAGAGCCCUAUCCUGGCGCCAUCCCCGUGCUCGAGCAGCGGCCUCUUCCCAAGUCUCAGCUGACGGGUCGCCGACAAGUCCCCAAGCUCGUGAGCGCGAACUUGAUACCCUUCAUGCGGUUCAAGAAGCCGCAGAGCGAGUUCCUGUCGCGGGUGCUGAAUGAUAAGAUUAAGCUGCGGCAGAAGCGGAAUGAUCAUUUGGAUAGGCUGGGGGGGUUGCUGGAUAUGGGGAACUGGGAGCAGAUGUGGGAUGAGGAGUUAGGGAUAGCAGAGGAGAAGCACUGGAGCGCGGCGACGUAUCGGGAGAAAUUGGGUGUUGAAAAUGCGCUCGAUAAGGCUAGUGAGGCGAAUGCUGUGCUUGCGAAGAAGAUGCUGGCUAUUGUGGAUGAGGAGCAGAGGCUGGCUGAUAUAGAGAAGAGGGAGUGGCUUAGGGAGAAACGGAAGAGGUAUAGGCAGAGGAAGCGGGAGAGGGAUGAGGCUGACCAGGGAGAAUUGCCAAAGUUUUGAGUAGCGGCUGUUCGUAGUCGUUCGUAGCCGAGCGAUUGGCAUGGGUAGAUGCCUGAUACCACUUUAAUUGUAAAUAUAUGUACAAUAACCUGUUUUCAACAGCUUAAGCUCCGCAGUUUAUUCAUUGAUUAAAGCUAUUUAAAGAG